AUGGCGGAGAACCCGCAGCUGUUUGGGAGCGGGAUGCCGGUGCCGUUCUACGGCGAGAUGUUCGUCCUCGCCAGGGACGGCGUCGAGUUCCACGUCGACAAGAUCCCGUCAGCUCCUGGCGGUCAAGUGAAAACUAAAGGCACAAUUUACCUGUCUAAUAUAAGGAUGGUGUUUGUUGCCAACAAACCUGUUGGCAACUUCUUUGCUUUUGAUAUGCCACUGUUGUUUGUGCACGGUGAGAAGUUCAACCAGCCCAUAUUUCACUGCAACAACAUCUCUGGAUACGUUGAACCAGUUGUUCCAGACAAUCAGAACAGGGCCCUGUACUCAACUCACACCUUCAAGAUCUUGUUCAAGGACGGAGGCUGUGGUACUUUUGUUCCUCUCUUCCUGAACCUGGUUGCAUCUGUGCGGCGCUACAACCAGUUUGAAGCCCAGUCUGCUGCUAACAUGGCACCACGUGUGGACCCUCUGCAAGCUGCGCAAACUCCUGUUGAUGACAUGAUGCGUCAUGCGUAUGUUGACCCAAAUGAUCCUACUAAGAUUUUCCUUCAGCAACCUGCACCAGAAUCGCAGCUCAGGAGGAGAAACUACCACGGCCCAGCUGAUGCGAAUUAG